CGACCUUCUGGUUCUGUUUUCCUUUUAUACUCUUCCAGCGUAACAUCCGCCUCUAUACUCAGACCCAGACCCGGACCCAGACCCAGACCCAGACCAGACCCUUACCGAAAGUCGCGCGUGCGCUGCGGUGCGAUAACAUAACCAACCCAACAACCGCAGGAAAUAACCAGCACCCUCAUUCAACGCAACCCACCCAUACAUCACACAUCAGACCAAAAAAAUGGCCCCAAUCCACGACCGCAUCCGCGACGACCUCCUAGCAAUGGAACGCCGGCUCUGGACGGCGCUGACAUCCGCGGACCCGGGACCAGAGAUUAAAAAGAUGUCGAACGAGGACGCCAACUUCCUAUUCCCGAAGCGCGACAUCCUCACGCUGCGCAGCAAGGACCCCUCGCUCUCAGAGGCGCUGAAGCCGCCCUUCCACCACUUCGAGGAGUACGAGCUCAAGGACGUGCGCGUGCUGAUCAUCGACCUCAUGGCCGGCACGGUCACCUACAAGAUCAACGCGCGGCUGCGCGGCAAGAUCGAAUUCAACGGGACAGGGUCGACGACGUGGAGCCAGGGGUCCGACGGGGAGUGGCGGAUUGUCGUGCACCAGGAGACGUCGUUGGAGUAGACCCUUUCUUCCCUUGACGUUUGGGGAAGAGUGUACCUCCUCUCUACAACGACACUGAGGGAGGACAAGGGAGGACAAGAACGCGGUGCAGUGCGGUUUUGAUUUUCAGUUCUUGAUACUCUUCCUGUUCGCCACUACUAUUGUUUUUACACCUAGCCGAUGCGGGUUAAGGUGCGAUCGUCGUUGAGCAGCCAGCUCCGUCGGGUGGUUCUUUUGUUAC